AUUACUCUCCGACACUGAAACACACUCACAACCUUCCAAAUUCAGCAAUUUAAUAUCGAUUAUCAUAGAUAUUGCUUUGAUUCCUGAAAACAAGCAAUAUUCUUUCUCAAUAAGUGAACGUUUUCAAGUGUGCAGAGCAGUCGAUAUGGCCAAUAAAGUUAAUCUUCUAACAGCUGUCCUAUGUUACAUGGACAAUCACGGUAUUCUAAAUACUGUGAAGAACGUUUGCAAGGAAUAUGAGCAAAUGGAAAAUUGUACAUUUUAUUCGUUCGACGUUGAAAUUGAUUCUAUAGAAUUUCUUAAUGAAAAUCCAUUUCUUGGAAAUCUGCUUUUGAAUUCUCCUCGUGAAGCUACGCUGCUGUUUCAAGAGAUUUUAUAUUAUUAUAUUACACUUAUUAAGCUUCUUAGUGAAGACAUAAAACUUAAUCAAAUUUCAGUUGUAAUACGCUUGAUAUCUAUUCCAAAUAUUGCUGGUGUUUACGUCAUAAGAACAUUCUGUGACCUUCUUGCAAUGCCUGCGAAAAACAGAAUGAUAACUUUGCAGGGUGUCGUUAUGGGAAUGACGGCUUUGUCAAAGUAUACCCACCACACCAUAUAUGCAUGUCCAAUCAUAGAAUGUCCUGGAGCUUCCAGUAAAGAAUACAUAAGAACACAUAUUCCUGGUGCCACAGAAGCUCAGAUAAUUCGGAACAAUUUUUGCUGCUUUUAUUGUGGGUCGAUUUUAGAGGAAAUAAAACCAUGUCGAUAUUUAGCUGAUAAGAUUAUUGCUGAAGUCAUUCCUUCCUGGGUAUUUAUGAACUCUAAAAGUUUCCGGCAUCAAGCCAUUCUUGUCUACAUCAGAGGAGACUUAAUCAAAAAAGUUAGUCUGGGAAAAGAACAUCAGUUUUAUGGGAUUGUCAGGCGUGAUAACCAAGACAGUGAAAUAUUAGUUACCAUUGAGGCAAAUAACAUUACAAACAUUCCUUAUGACCUCUUUGCUGGUCAUUUUAAAUGCUUACCAAACAGUCUUUGGGACAUAUUUCAAAAUACAUCAGAAACACCAUGGAGGUUUGCUUCCAGUCUAGCAUUUUACUUUGCUGAUAAAAUUGUACCUCCAGGAAGUUUCUGGGUGUUAAAAUUAGCCAUUCUUUUAAACCUCGUAUGCAGUGGAAAUGAGAACACUGAUCCUUUACAUCUUCUUGUAAUUGGGGAAGAAAGCCACAUUAUAUCCAAAAUCUUGCUCUACUCUCUUCGGUUUUGUCCCCGAGCCAUCAGACAUACUGCCAAUAAUUAUUUAACAGGCAAGGUAACUGCCGAUACAUAUUGUAGUGCACCAUAUUUUGUGGAAGCUGGGUCUUUAUUAUUAGCAUCAAAUGGAGUAUGUUAUCUUGGAGAUGUUUCACAAUGUACGAAAAAUACAACUGAAAGAUUGAGAUCCAUCUUGAUUGAAAAGAAAAUUAAACUUGGAGUGGGAUCAAAGUUUACGGAAGGCCUCCCACACCUCAUUGAAUACCCAUUAGAAUGCAGAAUUUGGGCUUUUGAUUCAACAAACUGUAAAAUUGCUGAAAAAGGUGAUGAUCUUUUAUCAAAGAACAAUUUUGUAAGUAGAUUAGGUUAUCUGAUGGACGCUUUUAACUUUAUUGUUUUCACCAGUCCUCAUGAGGAUUAUAAGGUCAUGAACCACAUUUUUGAAAGUUAUUUUGAUGAAGAUGACACUGCAUCUAUUUUAGAUUCUGAUCUCCAGCAGCUUUUAACCAAUUUACGAGCACGAGAAGUCAGUCUGACUGACGAAAGUGAACACAUUUUGAAGACUUACUAUAUCGCUUCUCGAAGAGCCCGGAGCAUUUCCAUGGAUUCUUCCCUGGUUCCAGUGUCAGCUUUGCAAGUUCUUGCUCAGAUUACUCAGAGUUUUGCUAAACUGAGUCUCCGUCAAAAAGCUACUGUGCCUGAUGCCAUUAUGGCAAUACGACUCUACGAAGAGGCAUUAAUGAUGAGAUUCGGAAUGUCGGUGUUCGAUGUCCAUCUCUCUCAGCAAAAUGACAGUAACAAUAUCAACACUUUUCUUCAGUCCAAUGAUGCAGCCAUGAUGAACUUCUUUGCACAGUUUAAACAAUGUUGUACCAGCUUCUCUUAAAAACUAAUCACAAACUUAUAUAAGCUAUUUUUUUAUUGGUCCUUUUUGAGUGAAUUCCAAGACAUUUGCUUAGUUAAUAACUUUCAAACUUGGUACAUAGUACCUCACUGUUACAUAGU